UUAAACAAAGUGAGGGUCAGGAAGAGAAAGGCUGGGAUGACUGAGGUGAGCUGAUAGGGGGUAAUUAUUUGUACUGAUUGAAAGUGAUUAAUUGAGGCUAGAUGUUCAGUUCACUGAUGGACCCUCAUAAAACACAGAGUCUAUUAGAACAGAGAGACACACACAGAAAGAGACAACAAGCCCAGCACUACUGGACAGGACGACACUUUCACUCUUGACAGGACACGAUCAACCUGAGCAGACAGGAUAGAGUUGCUGUUUUCCGUUUCAUGAUCUGUAAAGUUUCGUCGUGAGGAGAAUGGCCAGCCCUGGGAUGCUGCUGCUGUGUCUGUGUGCCGGCUCUCUGGUGACCCACAGCGGCGCGCUCGGGACUCGAAGGCUGUGCGGGAUCCAGCUCGUGGACGCGCUGCUGCUCGUCUGUGGAGAGAAGGGUCUCUCCUACCGGCCUGCCAGGCGGGUCAGAGAGCACGCUUUCCGUGUCAUGAUGAGGAGCAGUGUCCCCUUCCUGUGGCAGACUGGAGCAACUGCUCCGAGUGGAGAGAGAGGUUCUGUUGCAAAGAGAGGCAUUGUGGAGCAGUGCUGUCAUUUCUACUGUGACUAUUACGACCUGGAGAAUUACUGUAACACAUAGAGAGUCUGCUGCAUGCACUUCACCUGAGUAAUAACUUGCUUUAUUUAACUACUGCAGGUCUGGGAUAUGGUAGGCCUAUUUGGAUGAUACCAACCUAAUUAUGAACACUGGUAAAUUA